AGCGUCGAGUGUGCGACUGUCCGAGUAUGUUCGAAGAUUAAACGUUUGUCGUCGCGUUUACACUCCGAUUAAAUGAGAAAAGAAUCGGAGAAUUUCGAUCGAUCGACGCGCGAUGACACUCGAGACAUUCGAUGAUCGAAACUUUUAAAUAACGUGAGGCUCUCUCGGAACAAGCAGUUGUUCGCGCGACAGUGUCGAUAAUCGUUGCGCGUUUUUCGCGAGAUAAUUUUUUAUCGUUUCGUAUGAUUUGUGCACGAAUAAAGAACAAUCGUAAAACAACGCGAUCGCGACGAAACAUGAGCUAGUCGUGUGGAAAUCGUAUUGUCGGCGGCAACGAUAUCCCCGUGAUCCAGCCAGGUUGUCCGGCGCCUUUGCGACGACGUCUGUCAGUCAACAAAGUUUAUUGGCAGUGAUCGUCGAUGCGACAUGAGCUUCGUAAUGAAGGUCGCCUGUUUGAAUGCGCGACGACGAGUAUCCGAAACUGCAGUGAAGAUGGCUAUAUUUUGAUCGAUUAAAAAUGACCUCUACAAUGGGAUUGCAGCAGCAGGCUGCAUCCCAGGACACAGUGGACUUCGCCGGUUAUCUGCAAUCUGCGCAGUGCCAUCAUGGAAAUCAGACGGCGGAGGGACAGAAUUGUCAGAAAUCGCCGCAUCGCGAGCACAACAGCAGUUUCACCAGCACGAAGGGUUUGCUCAACGGACCCGGGCAGAACAAUUGUUUCCUCAACAGCGCGGUACAGGUCCUGUGGCACCUCGAUAUUUUUCGAAGAAGCUUCAGGGAACUAUCCGGACAUGCCUGUAUGCAAGAGUCAUGCAUCUUCUGCGCACUCAAGGAUCUAUUUUCGGAGCUGCAGUUUUCGCAGGAAAGCGCGCUGCCGCCCGACACGCUGCGUCGCGCGCUCGCCGUGAGCUUCCUCGACCAGCAGAGGUUCCAGCUCGGUUUUAUGGACGACGCGGCGGAAUGUUUCGAAAACAUUCUCUUGCGUAUACACCUACACAUUGCGAGCGGCGAGGCCGAGGACAUGUGCAGCGCGAGACAUUGUGUGCCGCAUCAGAAAUUCGCCAUGACGCUCGUCGAGCAAAGCGUCUGCGGAGCCUGCGGCGCGACAUCGGAGCCGCUGCCUUUUACACAGAUGGUUCAUUACGUGUCCGCAUCGGCGCUCACGUCCCAGGCUCACGAAACGUCGCUGAAUUCCAGAAACAGUCCGGAUCUCUUCGGACAGCUUCUCCGAAGAGCCGGCGGAAUGGGCGACAUCCGUGAUUGUCCGAGUUCUUGCGGCGCGAAAAUUCAAAUAUGCCGAACUCUGAUGAACCGACCGGAAAUAGUGUCCGUCGGUGUCGUCUGGGACAGCGAGCGGCCGUCAUUGGAGCACAUCAUGGACGUUUUCGCGACCGUGGGCACGUCUCUACGGCUCAGUGAUGUCUUCCACAGCGUGGUGGAUUCCCGAUGGGGCGCAUCCACCGUGCACAAUCUCGUGGGAGUGGUUACUUAUUACGGAAAACAUUAUUCCACCUUCUUCUUUCACACGAAAUUAAAGGUAUGGAUCUACUUUGACGACGCCACUGUCAAAGAGAUCGGAUCCCGAUGGGAACAGGUCGUGGAGAAGUGCAGGAGAGGCCGUUACCAGCCUCUGUUGUUGUUGUACGCGACGCCCGCCGGCACUCCGGUCAAUACCGAGAACGCUCCAAAGACUGUUGUCCCGUUCCCGAACAGCAACGUUCUGAAGACCUCCCCGAAAAACAGCGUCCGCCGUUCGAUUACACCUAGUCCCGAGAAGCCAUCCAUCAACAACACUGCCAGGCGUGCCAUCACACCCAAUCCUGACAGUCCGCCCCAUCUCUACACUCAGCGGAACGUUUACAGCGAUUAUCAGAAUCUCACGGACAUUCAGAACAACAUAUUCGGCAAUCAGGACGUGGACGAGGUUGACUGUGUAAUAGACUCCAAGUAUAUCAGCCGUCGUGCCGUGGAGAACGUGAUGCAGCAGCAGAAGAAGCAACAGAUGCAACUGACGCGCAGCCUGAGCGUCGGUUCGGCGCCGCAGGACGGGAUCAGCAUUCCCGAUCACAUGAACGUGCCCCGAAGACGAGACUCCGGUAACUGGUCCGGCGACCGCAACAGCGCGUCGUCGAGCUCGUCUACCACGAUGGACAAUUCGUACAUGUAUCUCGUGAACAAAAUGCAACGUAACUCGAACGUGCCGAAGAGCCCGAUCAGCAAGUCUGGGGAACUGUCGAGUAGCAGCAGCGGUCAUUACGACGCCGGCUACGACUCGUACUCGUUGUCCUCCACGGACAGUCUUCCGCUUCAACAGGGCUUGAAACACAACUUACAGCUUGCUCAAAUACCGGAAGGUUAUCAGCCUUCGUCGGGCGACGAUUGCGAACGAUUGUGUAAGGAGACGGACGCGCUGCUGGACAAGUCCCGCGCCGCCGAGGACGCCGGCGACCUCAACACGGCCGUGGCGUUGUGCAGCGCGGCCAGUAGCAAAGCCCGUGCGGCAAUGGACGCUCCGUAUAACAAUCCUCACACAAUCACGAUAGCACGUAUGAAACACAACACGUGCGUAAUGCGAACAAGAAGUUUGCACAGGCGAAUGUUGCAGGAGCAAGUAACCGUUAACGGAGAUAAAGAAGAAGGACCUCCUGAAGGACGACAUUCGCGAGAGAACAGUAAAUCAGGUCAGCACUCGAGGCAGAGUUCGCGAGACAAAGGCAACCACUCUCGGCAAAACAGUCGGGAACUUCUAACGAACGUUCCACCGGCUGUGGCGGACAAACCGGCCACAAAAAGUAUCGAGAUUUACGCCACUCUGCCGAAGAAGAAAACCUUACGCAGCAAAGCGACCGCGGUAAACGUUAUCGAAGAUGAGGAAUACAUGCUCUACGAUCGUCCGACGCAACGGACCGGUCUCUUCAAUCGUGCAAAACGUUGCGAGGACGACAAGAAGGACAAGAAACGCGCGAGGAGCGAGGAGAGGAACAAAAAUGUGUCGAAGGACUUUUCGAUAGCGCCGUCCCGAUUGUCACCCUCUCCGAAAGGAGCGAAAGCUGAAAAACCCAAGGAAAUUGCGCAGGAAAUCAACGCUGCUACCACCAGAAGUGCGCAAUCCAAUAACGUGGCCAUAGUCGAGCAGAAACAAGGUAAGAAGCAGCACAAGAUACGCAGGAAGUUGCUCAUGGGUGGGCUCAUCAAGAGGAAAAACAGAAGCAUGCCGGAUCUACGGGAAGGACAAGACGGUCAGACAAAUACGAACACGGAGGGAACUUCCAACACUCUGCCGAAACAGUCGAUGGACGAUUCCGGCGUCGGUUUGAAGGGCAACGAUGUUGGCCAAUCGCUGAGCGGCUACUUGUCAGAGGGACAUCUGGAGUUCACCGGAAACGGCGCGGCCGGAAACACGAGCAAUCCGAAUCUCGAGAGAAGUCGUUUGAUGAGGAAGAGCUUCCACGGCAGCGCCGGCAAGGUCUUGCACGUAGCCAAGGUACCGCCACCUCCUCCGCUCAGAACCACUUCUCAGCUUAGCAAGUCUAAGUGUUCAGGGGGCGAAGUGCACAGCGAACAGCAGCCCGACAAGGCUGCGUAUCCGUUGCAGGACGGUCGGUGCGCACCUAACUCAUCGCAGGAUCAAAACAAUGCUUAUUGGAACCACAUAAACACCAACAACACGUCCAACGCAGCGAACAGAAACUCGAAUUACGCGGAUUACUCCUCGGAAUCGCAUUCUUUACCUUUUCUACCGUCCUACAACGAGCCGAACGCCAAUAUUCCCGGUCAAACGAAUUACAACAGCAAACCCAGAAUCCAGGAUGAUGUUGUGCAGUACGCCAACGGUAUAUUCUACGAACCGACGUUUGUUGUGACUCGCGCGGACGUACAUAACGAACAAAAUCCUUCCAACAAUUCAAACAAUUCCAAGCAACAAUUCCAGCCGGAUUCUCUACCACCCUAUCCGGAAAACAACAAUGUCUCACAUUCCCGGCAACCGAGCGAAGAGUUUCCACCCCCUCCUUAUCCAUCGAUCCACUCGGUGUCACAUUCGAGACAGGCUAGUGAGGAUUUCCCGCCGCCGCCGCCUCCGAUCGACGAGCAGCCGACUCAGCAGUCUCAGGAGACUCAACAGCAUCAGAUUCAACCACAACAGCAACCACAACAGCAGCGCGCCCAACAACUCGAGAUCACCAGUCUAUUGGCGCAGUUGCAGAGCAAACGGGAGCAGAUCUUGGCCGAUCACGCGGGUGAGGAGAAACGACGAGAAGAAUCGAAAGAACACGAGGAUGAGAAAUCGUCGAGUGAAACAUGGUUGAGGGAACUGCAGGCUAAGCAAGCGGAACGAAAAACGAAGAGAUACGUGUUGUCAAAUCAGGACAUACAGAAAGUUCGAACUCCGACGAUAACGACACUUCAACCGACCAUCGCCAGGAGAACCAGCGACUUGAUGAUGAACAAUCUUAACGGACAAGGUUACGAUCAGGGUCGUGACGUUGUCGAUUGCCCGAGAACAGUUUCUUCGGUGAAAGAUAUGGCCGCCAGAUUCGAACAAAUCAAGUUGCUACCGGCGACGAAGUCAGAGGCGGACGUGAAACCCCAAUCGAAGCAGAAUGUCAACUGCACUUCCCCGGAAAACAUACCUCAGGAAACGUCGAUAGAAGAGACAAAACCAGUCAAAUUACCUUCCGAAAAUGUCGUCCUCACGAAGAUGGAAUCUCAGCCAAAUUCUCAACCGGUUCUGAAUUCCAAUUGCGAACCGACUUCUAAUCAGAACAACUUCGUCACGAUGAUGCCACUGAACAAUCCCGGCGUUCAACAGAACGAACUGAAUGCCGCGAUGUUGUCCAUGUCGUUGACACUGCCGCACGAGAACGGGCUGCCCGUUGACUAUCCGGAGGACGACAUCAGCGAAGUGGCGAUGCAAAACACUAUUCAGAACACGACGAUACUGCCGAGUGAGGAGGACAUCGCUCCGAGAAAAGUGAAACGACGAAUAGGGAAGAAGAAGAGCGUGUCGUUUUGCGACCAGGUGGUGCUCGUCGCAACGGCGGAGGACGACGAGAAGGACUCGUACAUACCCAAUCCCAUUCUGGAGAGGGUACUGCGCUCCGCGAUGAACAAACCCGAAACCGCUCAGGUGUUGCGAGAGAUCCGUAGCCGACAGGAGGCGGAGAUGAAUCGCGAGAACACCGCGAUCAAGUUUCAGCAACAGACGCUUCCCUUGAAGAGCGAAGCCGACAGCAUACCGGCGACACCGUUCCAGGAUCAGUUGAGAAGCGUUAAUCCAAUGCCGAUUUCCGAUACGAUCAAACCUACAUUCGGACGGCAGAAUUCGAACGACUCGAUCGGUUCGUUGACGGACAAGAAGCCCUGCGGGCCGGGCGGGAACGACGGUAAAGACGUGAUCGAUCGCAAGGAGCCUUACGCCGGUGUGCCCGCCAACACCGUGAAGUCCGCCGCGUCUUAUUCGCCACAGAUGCAGCAGAUCAGAUACUAUCACGGAUACUCGCAGUACGUCCAGUCGAUGUAUCCGCAGACGCAGACCUCCCACCCGAGGAACCAGGGUAUUCCCUUGUCGCAGACGCAGAAGCCGGCCAGUCCUUAUCCCACGCAGAUGCACGGACAGUAUAUUCCGAACGGCAUCCAGCAGAAGAUGCCACCUCAGAAAAACGGCUACGGCGCGUACUAUCAGUUGGAACAACAGCAUAAUCAGCUGAACAAGCAGCCGGUCGUUCAGACCCAGCAGAAUAUUCUGAAUCAGAGAAUCCCGUCGUCUCACAACGCCAGUCCGAUAACCGUCCAGCACUCGCAGCAGCAAUUCUCGUAUCCCUCGAAUCAGUCGCCGAGUCCGUAUCCGAGCCAAUACUCUCAAAGUUCCUACGAGGGUCAUCCCUAUCAGACGGUUCUCUCGCAAGGUAGAAUGGGUCAACCUUUGCCACCGCAAUAUCAACCGCCGCCGACCUCGUCCGCGUCCUAUCAACAGCAGCAGCAGCAACAACAGCAACAGCAACAACAACAACAACAACAACAACAGAGCGCGCAAAACUAUCAGCAACGGCACGACAAUUACCCGCGGCAACUGCCACCCCAGAAGGUGGAUCAGAACCCCGCAAUGUCCAAUCAGACGUAUCCCAAGGCCCUGCAAAACGGUCAGAUACAACCGAACGCGAAGUAUCCGGCAUAUCAGCAUCCGCCGUUGUCGAAGCACUUCGCGAUGUCGACCACAAAGGUCGUCCCGUCGAUGAUGACGCAGCCAAUAGCGACGCAGUCCGCGUUACCGACACCGACGAGCAUCGCGAACACCAUGAGAGCGUGCGUAACGCCCUGCAAUCUCUGUCGGAAGCGAACUGUGCUAGAACCGACGCUCUACUGCUCGGACUGCGACUUCUACAUGUCCCGCUUUCGAGCGGGCAACAAAACCACCUGACUUCCUUCCGGUGGAGAAAAACUUGCCGAUUCCGUCGAGCUUCCACAACGAAGAAACCGCGCGUCUUCUCUUUCCCGUAGUAGUUAAUUAACUGACGCGUAUCGACAGACGCUCUCGCGUAAACGUGAGGUGUUAGAAAUGUUCGAUACGCCACGCGUAAUUGCGAUUAAAUGAAAUAAGCGUAAAAACAAAACAAACAAAAAACUGACAACAAUUACGUUGAAAAUGAACACGUAAUUUCCCUGCAUGCAUACAACUUGUUAUAAAGUUUUCUGGAUAGCCACGCGUAUAAAGUUUGGAAAAAAAAAACUUAGAUAUUAAAAUCCGAUAUAUUCUCUGUUAAAUGACCUUCAUUGGAAUAUUUGAUAACUGUUAAUUCAUUUUGUGUUUAUAAAUAUUAGACAAUACUAUUGAAUACGAGAGACCCUCAUCGUGCAGCUACAUACGUUAUUAUACUCAUGUACAAUUUUAUAUAUCAAAUAGAGCAUCCAUCUACCUAUCUACGUUAGUUAGUUGUUAUAGUUUAUAUGUUAAAUAUAUAUAUAUAUAGAGAGAGAGAGAGAAAAGUUAGUUGUCACACAUGUUUUCGUAGCCAUGUAGCCAUUUUACAUGUAAAUAGACGAAUUUACUAAAUGCUUUUUUGAAAAGAGAAUGAAAAAGAAAGAGAGCCGAUGUUACAGUUGUACGAAUCUACACUUUUACUUUUUUAAGCUUCCACGAACUUUGUACGCGCUCCGUGUUGUAUACGCGUCAUAAUUUUUUUUUUUUGUUUUUGUUGAGAGACGAGACGAGAGAAAGAGUUGACUUGUGAUACUAGACCAUGCUACGUGGAACUUACUGUAUCUCUGUUAGAGUAGAAAGUUUAUAAUGUAAUUAACAUUUUUCACAUCGCGCAUUAAGGAAAGAGCUCGAUGUUGGCGAGAGAUAGAAACGGACGAAACUUUGAUCUCUGAGAACGCGUGGAGUUCUUUUUUUUUUUAUUUUCUGUUAUAAUUAACGACCUCCCGAAAAACAAACGUCUCUUAUUGUGUAUUAUUAACGAACAAUCGCGUUUAAACUGUGUAUUAUCUCCGUCGAGUGCUAGUUCGAUGUACAAAUAGAUUUUAUACUUUUUGUAUGAGUAUUUUGUUUUAAAAAUACUUUACUUUUAUUGUGACAUAAAUA